CAUUGAAUAACGCAAAAGAGUCUUUGACAAGUAACCCAAGAAAUGAAGGGUACUACCAUAUUUGGUUUCUUCCUUUUUUCUUCUGCCUUCUUCUCAUACCUACCUUGGGCCACUGCUGGUGUGGUGGUGGACACAGAUGGUAAUCCAAUCAUAAAUGGUGGCGCAUAUUAUAUCUCACCGGUUAUAUGGGCAGUGGGCGGGGGAAUAGGAUACGCCAAAACUGGAAACGAAACAUGCCCUCUAUCUGUUGUAGUAGAGAAUGAGUUGUCUCCAGGACUACCAAUCAGAAUUUCAAGCCCUUUCAAAAUUCUUUAUAUCAAUACUGGCCUUCCUCUGGAUUUGGCAUUCACUGCUGUGCCUAAGUGUGCCCCCACUCCAUCAAAGUGGACUGUUGUCGAGGGUCUACCUCACGGACCAGUUGUUAAACUCACUGGUUAUGAUCAUACAGUGAAUGGUUGGUUUCUAAUUGAGAAAGGUGAGAUUGACUUUGCCUAUAAGCUUCGCUUCUGUGAAAUAAACACCGACAAGUGCGGAUAUGUUGGGACUCAUGUUCAAGGCUUCCACAAGACCUUGGUUUUGAAGGAAAAGAAUCCGUUACUCGUUGUUUUUAGGAAAGUUGAAAAAGAUGAUGCUUGA